AUGAAAUCUUCCUGGGUUGCAACCCAGUUCUUAGAGGUUUUCAAAACAAGACCCCAUUGGCCUGCAAAGGAGAUUGUGGAAACAAUCAGGAGGGCCUACAAAGUGCUUGUUAAGAGGGAUUAUGCCUACAAAGUUAAGGUUCAUGCUCAUAGGAAGCUACAUGGCAGCAUGAAGGAGCAUUAUGGUAAAUUAGGUAGUUAUUUAGAGGCUCUUAUACAAGCAAAUCCACAGAGCAUUUUCAAGAUAAAUACUGACCCAAGCAAGGCUGUGUUUCCUCAUGUUUUCCAGAGGUUUUUUGUCUGUUUUAAUGGAAUUAUGCAAGGUUGGUUAGCUGGUGGGAGGAAGGUAUUAUGUGUUGAUAGUUGUUUCAUCAAGACAUUUCUAGGAGGGAUGCUCCUUUCAGCAGUGGGUAGGGACUCCAAUGAUCAGAUGUACUCACUGGUAUGGGCAAUGGUGGAAGGUGAGAACACUGCCAGUUGGGAGUGGUUUUUUUAUGAGCUGAAGAAAGUACUAGGUGGUGGAAAUGGGUCAGAUUUGACUAUGAUUUCAGAUGAGGCUCAAGCUAUAUUAGGAGGUGUUGCGAAAAUAUUCCCACAAGCAGAGCACAGACACUGUGCUAGGCAUGUGUAUGCCCAUUGGCAUAAGACAUACAAGGGUGAUGAAAUGAAGAAGUUGUUUUGGAAAGCAGCAAAGUCCUACAAUGAGGCUGAUUUGGGAGAUGCUCUGACAGAAAUGGAGAAGGUAAACCCUGAAUCUGUUGUUACAUUCAAGAAGUAUAAUCCUAAGGUGUUUUGUAGAGCACAUGUUAAGACACAUACAAAAUGUGAUGUCAUUGUCAACAACAUGGCUGAAACUUUUAAUGGGUAUAUUAUACAUGCUAGAGCAAAACACAUUAUUUUCAUGCUUGAGGAUAUUAGGACUGCUUUAAUGCAAAGGAUGGUUAUUAAAAGACAGAUUGAGAAGAGUACAGCUAAGAUUUAUCAUAGGAUACAAAGUAUGCUAGAAAAGGAGAAAUAUGAGGCAGCAAAUUGCACCCCACUGCCAUCUAGUGCUACUUUAUUCCAAGUAGCUCACAAAAUGGACACCUUAACUGUGGAUCUGGAAAAUAGAUCUUGUACUUGCAGAAAAUGGGAUUUAGUGGUGUGCCCUGUUGUCAUGGGGUUGCUUGUAUUUUCUUCCUCCACCAUGAAGUUGAAGACUAUGUUGAUGAAUGCUAUAAAAGAGAAGCUUAAUUAUUUGAAGAUGUACUGUGGGGGAGUAAGUCCAUUAACUAGAGAGAGACAUUGGCCUAAAGUGGAUAUGCCUUUGGACCCUCCUCCCAUUAAGAUUGGUCCAGGCAGACCAAGGAAGAGCAGGAUCAAAGAUCCUCAUGAAGACCCUAAAAAAAGUGGGAAAUUGACUAAGCAUGGAGUGGAGAUGUCCUGUAGUGUGUGCAAGAACAAGGGGCACAAUAAAAGAACAUGCCCUGACAAGGGUAAGGCAAUGGAGCCAGUACCUAAAAAGCCAUAUGGCAGACCUAGGAAAGACAACAGUCAGCCAAUAAACACUGCCAGUUCAGCCCCUCCUCCUUCACACCAUGAAACCACUGCACAACCAUCAAGGAUUGGUAAAAAUGGCAGAGUGGUUGGAAAAGGAAGAAAGAAAAACACUGCUCCAAAAAAAAGGAUGCCACAGGGAGUUGGUGUCCUUUUUGAUGGUCAUGGCAACACUCUCAUCAAUGCUCCUGGACAGAGUGGUAGACCAAGAGUGGUGUCCCAGAUGGACAGAGUGGUGGACCAAGAGUGGUGUCCCAGAUGGCAGCAACAACACAAUUAA